AUGUCGGUGUACGUCGGAAAGAAGUUUCGCCUGGUGAGAAAGAUUGGCUCGGGCUCCUUUGGUCAAAUUUUCCAAGGCAUUGACAUGGACACGCGAGAAGAGGUGGCCAUCAAACUGGAGGACACAAAGACGAUGUUUCCACAACUGAACUUGGAGCACAAGAUCUACAAAGCGGUUGGCCACUAUGCAGGCAUACCGAAAGUAAAGUGGUUCGGCCAGGAGGGCGAUUACACCAUCCUGGUGAUGGAACUUCUAGGCGACAAUCUGGAGACACUGUUCAACUACUGCGGUCGCCAGUUCUCCCUCAAGACUGUGCUCAUGUUGGCCGACAAGAUGUUAAUGCGACUGGAGAAUCUGCACACAUGCAACUACAUUCACCGCGACCUGAAGCCCGAGAACUUUCUGAUGGGCACUGGCGUCAACAAGAACCAGCUCUACCUGAUCGACUUUGGCCUGGGCAAGAAGUACCGCGAUGUGGUCGGGAAUGCCCGACGACACAUUCCCAAUCGAGGAGGGAAGAGCCUGACCGGCACCGCCCGCUACGCCAGCGUCAACGCCCACAUUGGAAACGAACAAAGCCGCCGGGACGACCUGGAGUCGCUCGGCUACCUCUUCAUCUACUUCCUAAACGGCUGGCUGCCCUGGCAGAACAUGAAGGGCCGG